AUGUCUCAGCCAUGCGCUAUUUCUACGUGUAAACGCGUUUCACGAACGUUAUGUUAUGGAUGUAACCAGAACUUUUGUCGUGAACAUAUGAUUGAACAUGACUUAUCACUGAAUUCACAAUUAAAUCCAUUAUCAGACGAAAUCAAUGCACUGGGAGAACGUUUAAAAUCAAUAAAAUUUGAAAAUGCAAUUGGGGACUCACAUGAAAAAUUAGAAAAAUGGCGAGUAGAUUGCCAUAAAACGAUUGAUUUUUUUUUUGAUAGAAAAUGUCAAGAACUGGAUCGAUGCAUAGCAAAAAAAAUGGAAAAACAACGCGAAGAAAUCAGUCGUAUGCGUAGUAAAAUGUCUGAAUUAAUACAAGAACAAGAAGCAACACAUAAAGAUAUUGAUUCGUUGACGUCAACUCUACGAGAUCUUGAACGUGAAAUGAGUAAAAUCGAACAAACAUCAUUGAAAAUCGAAAUAAAAUCAUUAGUUAUCGAUGACAGUUUAAUACGCAUCGAAGAUUCAGAUAUAAAUCGUUUUAAUUUAUCAUCAAUAUCACCAUUAUAUAAAACAAUUAAUUAUAUGAGAGAAAAUUGGGCACCAUUAGCGUGUAAUAAUCGUUAUUUAUUAAUUCAUCAAGAACCAAAUUUGUGUUUAGUUGAUCGAGAUUCAACAGUAAUAAAACAAAAUUCUUGGAUCUAUGGAACAAUCUAUGAUAUGUGUUGGUCAUCGGCGUUAAAUCGUUUUAUUGUUAUAAACGGUAGUGAUGUUUUUCUCGUUGAUGAAGAUAGUAUGUCUAUUGAAAAUAUUCAAGCGCUUCAAAAGCGCAAAUGGUUAUCAUGCACAACAUCUGAAACAUCGCUAUUUCUAUCGACGAAAGUAUGGGGAUCAUCUAUUAUGGAAUUUAGUUUAAAACCAACCAUUGAACUUGUUAAGCAAUGGCAAUCGCCAGAUACAUGUUCGCGUGAUGAAGUUAUUAAUGGAAUUGUUUAUAACAAUGGUACAAUUGCGAUGAUGAUUAAAAACCCGUCAGAAAAAACGACACACAUUGAAAUGAGAUCAUCAGCUACAUUGGAUAGACUUUGGUCGGUUAAACUUAAUAUUGCAUAUAGUCAAAAUAUAAGAACUCGAUGUUGUUUGUUGACACACGAUGAAUGGCUUGUAGUCGAUAGAAAUACUUCACGUCUAUUUCACAUAUCGAAAGAUGGAAAUGUCAAAGCAUCAUCUGCGUACAAUCCGCCACCAUUUUGUGCCACAGUAUUCGAUCAAAAUAUGUUGGCGAUAUCAACAGCAAGAGGGGUCAAUUUGCAUACACUGUAA